GGCGGGGCGCGGCGGCGGUCUGUGUCUGCGCCUCGGCGGCCUCGGCGCUCGCAGACGCUCGGGGAACAUGGCGGCGGCGGAACCCGCUGUCCCGGCGCUCCCUGGCAGCGGCGGCGUGGGCACGGGGGCGCCGUCGGGCACGGUCCCGGUGCUCUUCUGCUUCUCCGUCUUCGCGCGGCCCUCGUCGGUGCCGCACGGCGCGGGCUAUGAGCUGCUCAUCCAGAAGUUCCUUAGCUUGUACGGCGACCAGAUCGACAUGCACCGCAAAUUCGUGGUGCAGCUCUUCGCGGAGGAGUGGGGCCAAUACGUGGACCUGCCCAAGGGCUUCACAGUGAGCGAGCGCUGCAAGGUGCGCCUCGUACCGCUGCAAAUCCAGCUCACUACUCUCGGAAAUCUUACACCUUCAAGCACUGUGUUUUUCUGCUGUGAUAUGCAAGAAAGAUUUAGACCAGCCAUCAAGUAUUUUGGAGAUAUUAUUAGCGUGGGACAAAGACUGUUGCAAGGUGCACGGAUUUUAGGAAUUCCAGUUAUUGUAACAGAACAGUACCCUAAAGGCCUUGGAAGCACUGUUCAAGAAAUUGAUUUAACAGGUGUAAAACUGGUACUUCCAAAAACAAAGUUUUCAAUGGUAUUACCAGAAGUUGAAGCAGCAUUAGCAGAGAUUCCUGGAGUUAGAAGUGUUGUACUAUUUGGAGUAGAAACUCAUGUAUGUAUCCAGCAAACUGCUCUGGAGCUCAUUGGCCGAGGAAUUGAGGUUCAUAUUGUUGCUGACGCCACUUCAUCAAGAAGCAUGAUGGACAGGAUGUUUGCUCUUGAGCGCCUUGCUCGAACUGGGAUCAUAGUGACCACGAGUGAGGCUGUUCUGCUGCAGCUGGUCGCAGAUAAAGACCAUCCAAAAUUCAAGGAAAUCCAGAAUCUCAUUAAGGCGAGUGCUCCGGAGUCCGGUCUGCUGUCUAAAGUAUAGGACAUUUGAAGGACUGGUACCCUCCUCACCACCAGGUGAAGGAUUGUAAGCCCAGACAAGCUCUUGUUUCUACUAAAAUUAAAAUGUUAAGUCAAAAAUGGCUCCUUCUUUGCGGCUCUUAGUAACACGUAAGCGGCUAGACUACUUGGUACUGGCAUUUAGUUACCAAUGUCAAAGGCUUCAGGUGCUGCUCACCUUCUUUUUCCUUAAUGUGCUUUUAUUUAUUAAAAAAAAAUACAAUGGAGGUGCCUGUUUUGUCUAUAUUGUAUACACUAUUAUACCUUUCAAAAGUGCACACUCUGGUGAAGUUUUCUUAAAUUGUGCACUUUAGAGAAAAAAAA